CCCUGAAUACCUCCAGGACAGCCACAAUGAACACUCUUCAGAAUGUUUCAUCAGAGUUUUAUCGAGUGUCGGAUGCAUUCGCUAGCAAAGGGAGUGGAGUUUUCUUGGUGUUCAUCCUCUCAUUGUCCACUUUGGCCUUCGCAUCCAUAAUUUUGAGAGUCUCUUCGACAGACAGGGUUCAUGGCCGACUACCUCCAGGAAGCUUCGGUUUCCCAUUCAUCGGAGAAUCCAUUCAGUAUUAUGCUUCUCAGAAAGACAUGGAUGCCCUUGGAUGGUUCAAGAAGAAACGAGAGAAAUAUGGACCUCUUUUCAAAUCUCGAGUAGAUGGUUUCAAAACUAUUUUACUCGACUCCCCUGGCGGUUGGAAGUUUAUGUACAGCGAAUUCGAUGAGAAUGUGAUCAGAGUUCUGUACCCUCCAACUGUUCGUGACCUCACGGGACCUGACAGUCCAAUCAUUAAGCACGGACGGGUGCACCGAGUGUACAAAAGCUUCUUACUGAACCAUUUCUCGGGAGUAGAUGUAGUGCAUCGCUAUAUUCCAACCAUAGGGAAAGUGGCAGUGGACCACAUAAACUCCUUGUGGCUGUCUAGGUCUGAUAAUUCAGAAGUUAAGGCGCAAGAAUUGCUCCAAGAGUUCACCUUCUCAAUCAUUGGAAUACUGAUUCUGGGUAUUACGGAUUCAUCUGUAUUGGAGGAUUUGAGGCCAAAAUUCGAGGAAUUCGUGAAUGGUUUUGUGAGAGUGUCUUUUCGGUUGAAUUUGCCGGGGUUUCAGUAUCAUCGAUCUAUGAAGGCGAGGUCGCAGAUCCAUGAGAUCCUGCAACGUUCAUUGGUCAAAAGGAGAGCCGAACUGGAGGAAGGGAAGGCGACUUCAACUCAAGACUAUUUGUCCGUCAUGCUCACCCACAGCAACGAGGAUGGAUACUUCUACCGAGAUGCAGAAAUUCGUGACAUUAUGUUGAAUCUCCUGUGGGCUGGUUUUGAGUCAACUGCAACCACUAUGACAAUGAUGAUGAUGCACAUCAGCAGGAAUCCUCAAGUGUACGAUGAGCUCAUAAAAGAACAUGCCGGAAUUGCUUCGAAGAAGGCCGAAGGCGAGGCGCUCACUUUGCAAGAGUUGCGGUCUAUGAAGUACACUUGGGCGGUGAUGCAAGAAACCCUACGAGUGUCUCCGUCUUCAGCAGAUAUCAAUCGUGUGGCCAUGGUCGAUCUCGAGUACAAGGGGUUUACCAUACCGAAAGGGUACCGGCUGACAGCUGCUGCUGGGCAAUCGCAAUGGAACCCAGACCGUUUCCCAGAUCCCACAAAAUUCGACCCUUCAAGAUUUGUAACAAAAACCGGGACUAGAAGUAUAGAGCCAUACAUAUUCUUCCCAUUCGGAAGCGGCCUACGGCAUUGUCCAGGCUAUGAAUUGGCGAGGAUUAAUACCAUGACCUUGUUCCACCAUCUCCUCAGAAAUGUAAAGUGGACUAUGGUGUAUCUUGAAGAAAAGUGCAGGUACCGGUUUCUUUUCUAUCCUGAAAAAGGGUUGCCAAUCCGUAUCACCAAAUGCAAAGCGUAUUAACUUGGUCGACGACCACUGUUGCAAAAUUCUGGAACAGUUUCGUCAGUCUCAAGGUAGUGUGUAUACAGCGUUCUUCUAAAGCUUACUAGGUGAUAAAUUCGCAUACACAACCAGUAGGUUUUGAGGUUUAGUCGGAGUUGGAAAAGAUGACAGACUUUAUCUGUAUCCUAGGAUCUCUCGUUCGAAUCCAAUGUUGAUGAGACUUUGAAGAAAUAAAAGUAACAUGAAACUCA